AUGAGCGAUACGAGCGAAGAUAGCGGUGAGGUCGGCGGUGAGUUGUCAAAAGCUGAGCAACUCCGCAGCUGGGUGCGACGGCUGAGGCGGACGUUCGGCACGUCGUUCCUGCUGCUGGUGAGCACUGUGUACGCGGUGCAGGGCUUCGCGAGCUUCCGAUCUCUGACAGUCAACUACUUCUUCAAGGACAACUUGCAGUUGCAGCCGGCGGAGACGCAGUCGCUGCUGACCGUGAUGAUGUUCCCCUGGAGUAUCAAGCCGCUGUAUGGCGUUAUCUCGGACAGCUUCCCGUUGUUCGGGUACCACCGCAAGUCGUACAUGAUCAUGUUUAGCACCAUGGGGGUCAUUGCAUCACUGACACUGGCAAUGCCACACCUGGUCACUACACCAGCCAGUGCCGUGCUGAUGCUCACGCUGAAUAGUCUGUCGACCGCCGUGAUUGAUGUCGUAAUUGAUGCCAGAGUCGUCGAGAUGUCCAGGUUAGACCCGAAGAACGGGGCGAACGACCUGCAGUCGCUGUCGUGGGGUUCCUUGUCUGUAGGCGGGAUGCUUGGGUCCUUUUUGUCAGGACCAGCCACGCACAACCUGGGCGUGCGUGGAGUGUUCUGCUUCGCUGCACACGGAGGCAUUGUGCUGCUCAAGGGAGCCGUGCGCUUGCCUAUCAUUUGGAAGUGUGCGCUGUGGGUGUUCCUGGCAGGCUCCAUCAGUCCUGGUUACUCGCAGGUAUUUUUCUACUUCACGACGGAUGUUCUGCACUUUACGCCGGAGUUCUUGGGGACGAUCUCGGCCUUCGGCUACAUUUUCUUAAUGGUGGGCACCAUGCUGUACAACACGUGCUUCAAGGGCAUGUCCUUCCAUCGCAUCUCCUUCAUUGCGCAGCUCAGUCUGGCGGUGGUGUCGUUACUGGAUGCUGUGCUGGUGACGCGCUUGAAUCUGGACAUCGGCAUACCGGACAAGGCGGGCAUUGAGGGCACCUUGUUCGCGCUGCUCAUGUCGGUAUCCAACUUUUCCUACAGUGUGAGCGAGUUCUGGGGCGCUAUCGUCUGUGGCUGGCUGGGCAUCGCCAAGGACGAGUACGACAUGCUGUGGCUCGCCAUCGUCUUGUGCAGUAUCAUGAAACUGGUCCCCAUCGCAUUCCUCUUCCUAAUCCCAGCGACAGACCCUCAAGGGUACGUCAGCGCGUUGGACCUCAGUCUGUCCGUCCACGAUGGCGCCGCGGACAAGGAUAAUUUCCCGAACAUGGAGGAGCUAGAGGUCGACGAUGAUUGA